AUGUCAAGUCCUGAGGUCGUUCGACAAAUUACCGACCUCAUUGGGGUCAUAGAACAGUUAAUGGCGGCAUUUGACUCUAUCAAAGACCUCUCUAACUUACCGGAAGCCUUUCAGGAAGCCAGUAAUUGGCUUCCCAUUGUUGAAAGAACCUUGCGAGAUGUCAAAAGCUCUGCGGAGAAAUUGAAGUCUGCUGAAGAUGUCCGGGCAUCGAAGACCGCCCUGUAUAGUUGCGACAAGAAAGCCGACAAUCUACUGGACAUUAUUGAACAACUUGGUGAAAAGUCAAAGGGCGAAUACCAUUCGUCCGUGUACCAAGGUAUAGUUAUGAGGCAAGGAAAGCAGCGUGUGGAGACUUUGAUGGACGGCAUCCUGGAGAGCCUAGGAGCAUUGGUGACACACAAGGCAUUUCUGGGUGAAAUGCACAAUCAGAUCAGCCUUCUGGCGAAGGGUCGCGAAGAUCUGGCGGGAGUUUGUCCUUCGCUGGCAGAUUCGGAUCUAGCUGACCUGCCUGGGGCUGCCAACCAGUACGGCGAGAACAGCCGCCAGUACAACUUAUUCGGUGAAGGUACACAGAGAAUCGCAGAUGGCCACUAUUUCGAGGCCAAGGGGAACCAAAACUUUGGUAUAUUACCACCCAAGGAGACUGUGGAGAGCAUUUAG